AUGAGCGGUAGGAUUGACGCCACCGUAAUACAGUACGCACACCAAUAUUGGAAGAACGUUGAGAAGACUCCUCCUACAAGGCGCGCCGCUCUGGAACCUACCGCGGAAUGCUUGUUCACAGCGGACUCGAAAUCGAACUUGGACACCAGUCUGUACUUGUCCCUAUUGCGUCUAUCGGUGCUGACUCCAUCGAUCAGUUAUGCGCCUCAGUGGCGCUCGACGGCCGCGCUCCAGAGUCUGCCGCCUAGCACUCUACGGAACGUCCAUCCCAUCACACGCGCUAUCGUCGUCGCGCCCCCGAUGUCCCGCAGCGAGCUGCGCCUUGCUUCCGCGUAUCUUACGACCUACGCGGACGACGAGAAGGCUGGGCCGGACGAAGAACACGCGCUGGGAUCACAUUCGUCCCGUCUCGAGGCAGGCCGUUUACGUGUUCUCGCUCCCGACCCUGACAUGGGCGCCUCCUCGCCAUCGGGCGGGUGA